AUGGCAAGGAGAAAACGCGUCAUGGACGACGGCGACGACUCUGAUUCAUCGGAUAGUCACGCUUUGGACCUCGACGAUGAUCCCGAUGUUAGAGCGGAACGAGCGCUUUUCGAGGAUCCAUAUCAACGGAAACGUAGAAGGAAGGGUGGAAAGGAGGACGCCUUGUAUGGAGUAUUCGCUGAAGAGAGUGAUGAUGAAAGUUAUUCGAAGAAGGCGUCAGUGAGGCGGAGUGACUGGGCGAAAGCACCUGCCUUUGUGUCAAGCGAUAAUAAAGCAAUGGACGUUGAAGGAGGUGAUGGAGAACAGGAUAUGGAGGGAUCUGCUGACGGUGAGGAUGACGAGUCUGAAGGCGAGGACGAUGAGAUUGGAGCGCCAGAAGAUUAUUCUGACGAAUCUGACCCUUCCAGGGCUCCGUCUCCCCGAGUGCGCGACGAGGACGAGUAUACAGAAAAGCCUCGUUUGGGUGGUAUUGGAUCUAAACCAUUCGGGACAACUUUUGAAGGUGGACUUGGUUCAAGGGUGGGACUAGGCUCGUCGAGGGGUGGAAUAGGAUCUUCUACCAAUGCAGUUCCUGCACCUUCGAUGCAUGGAGCUAGCACCGUACAAGGAAUAGGUUCAAGAUCUUCUAUAUCCAAUGUCUUGGAGGACUCUUUCUCAUCUCCCGCAUCCGUCUCAACCGACAACCUCCCUUCGAUGUUUGGCAACCAAAGUAAACGAUUUACCCGCGAGGUUACACCAGCUGUGAAAGCGGUCCCACUCCCCGCUGCAGAGCUAGCACACUUCAGCAAAAUUCAGGGCACAUUUGGUGCUCGGAUGCUGGCCAAAAUGGGCUGGCAAGCUGGAACUGGGUUAGGUACUACAGGCGAGGGUAUAGUAACUCCGAUCGAGAGCAAGUUGCGACCUCAGAAGAUGGGUAUUGCAUUUAAAGGCUUCAAGGAAAAAACACAACAGUCAAAGAUGGAAGCUAAACGGCGUGGAGAAGUAGUCAGUGAUGACGAUGAACAGACGAGGACUUCCAGCAAGAAGGGUAGAAAACAAGAACAGAAACGUUCUGAUGUAUGGAGACGCCCUAAGAAGGUGAAGACCAAGAUCGAGCACAAGACUUACGAACAAAUCAUUGCAGAGGCAGGGCAAGAAGCACCCACAGCCGGCCUCGGGCAAAUUAUAGAUGCCACUGGUGCGGUCCCCCGAGAGGUUUCUUCUCUCGCAGAUCUUUCGUUAAAUUCUUGGUCACCAUCCAACGAUCCUACACGAAUACCGGAAGUUCGUCAUAACAUCAGGUUAAUUGCAGACACAUGUAAGGGCGAGCUGAAUGGUCUUGCUCGCGAAGCAAAAGCUUUGCAAGUGCGAAAGGAGUUUGUAGCUUCCGAAGAUGCCCGACUACGGAAGAAAAUUGAAUACGAAGCUGAACUGAUUUCACGACUCCAGCGAGUUCAAUUGAUUGCGGCAGACGUUAACAACAUGUCGAAGGAACUUGCUGCGACGUACGAAGUAUCUUUGGAGCCGUUUUCACCUCUCUUCCAUAGCUUCAUCGACCAAUAUGAGAAGGAGUUUGAUAGAUAUCAAUUGGACGAGCUUGUCGUCGCUGCUAUUACCCCACUUGUUCGGCGCAUGGUCACCGCUUGGGAUCCUCUCAAAGACCCUACGGGGCUGAUAUCGACGUUCCGAGGCUGGCGGCGUGCACUCAAGGUCAACCACGAGGAACACGUACCACAAAACCAAAUGCCAGACGUGUAUGAAUCUAUCUCCUUCAAUAAUUCCUCGUCUGAAUCUUCUUCUAGUGAUACACAUAUGACCUACUUCGAGAGCUUAUUGUGGAACGUGUGGUUGCCGAAAGUGCGGACCACAAUCAACAAUGAGUGGUCUGCCGAAAAUCCCCAGCCAGCCGUAAAACUCUACGAAUCAUGGUCAACAUUCUUACCCCCCUUUAUUCGGGAUAAUUUCCUCGAUCAGCUCGUUUUACCCAAGGUCCAGAAAGCUGUUUCUGAUUGGAAUCCGAAGCGGUCCAGCGUGUCCUUGCAAAACAUUGUGUUUCCUUGGUUGCCCCAUGUGGGUUUAAGGCUUGAGGAUGUUAUCGGCGAUGCGAGGAGGAAGGUGAAGAGCCUAUUGCGCAGCUGGAUUGUCGGUGCAGAAAUGCCUCUGGAUUUGACUGCUUGGAAGGGUGUGUUCGAUGCAGGCGAAUGGGAAGCCAUGAUGCUCAAAUAUAUCGUUCCAAAACUCGGGAGAACAUUAAGGGAAGAUUUCCACGUAAACCCACGCGACCAAAAAAUGGAACCCUUGCAACACGUUUUGCAAUGGUCAGAUAUCAUUCGUCCUUCCAUAUUUUCACAGUUACUGGAAACCGAAUUCUUCCCUAAAUGGCUGGACAUUUUGCAUAUCUGGCUCAUCCAGCCAAAAGUCAACUUUGGGGAAGUUGCAAUCUGGUAUUCAUUUUGGAAGGAAGCAUUCCCCGAGGCCAUUCGAAACCUUUCUGGCGUUAGUCGUGGAUUCACUCGUGGCCUUCAGCUCAUGAACAGAGCAAUCGAGUUAGGUCCUCGCGCAUCAACUGAUUUGGCGCGCCCCGACUACCUUGCUGAAAUAUCUGGACCCAGUUCCCCUGUCCGUAACGGGGCAAAAGAUGGGGUUAAGAUCCCCGCACGACCAUCCGCGCGUGUACACGAGAUCACUUUCCGUGCUAUUGUCGAAGAAUUUGUCGCAUCACAUAACUUGCUGUUCGUUCCCACCGGACGCGCUCAUGAGCGCUCGAGGAUGCCGCUUUAUAAGGUUAGUGCCACUGCUGAUGGAAAGCAUGGGUUGUUGGUGUAUAUCUUGGAUGAUGCUGUGUGGGCACCACAAGAGGGUAGCGCGAGUUCGGAAAGCGACGAAUUUCGAGCCAUCGGUUUAGAGGACAUUGUUCAGCGAGCCACUAAUUGAGAUAAAUUUUGGAGGUCU